AUGAAAGACAUCGACGCUUCUACAAAGAUAGAUGAUGACAGCGAUGAACCGUUGCUUCCAGCAGAGCACAACCCUCCGCGUCACACUUUUCUGCAAUACUAUGCCCUGGAUAGUCUGACAAGCAGGCCCAGCAACACACAUUGUCAAACUCCAACUGUCCGGCUCGAAUGGAGGUCAUUGUCUCUCGAAGCCCGGGAGAAUUAUAUUACAGCGAUUCAAUGUCUUUCGAAACGACCUUCGCGGCUCGGUUUGAACACUACACGCUAUGACGACUUUGUUUAUUCUCACCUAAAUGUAUCUGGUGACACCCACGAUGCCCCGAUACUAUUGCCAUGGCACCGUUUAUACGUCCAACGAUACGAGGAUGCAUUAAGAAGCGAAUGCGAUUAUGAAGACCCUUUGCCAUAUUGGGACUGGACACUUGACACGUCUAAUCCCGCACACUCGCCUGUCUGGUCUAGUCGAUUUGGCCUGGGUGGGAAUGGCACCGAGCCAAAGAAUUGUCUUACAGACGGGCCUCUGGCUUCGAUGAAACCACAGUAUCCUGAGCCUCAUUGCUUGAGACGAAACUUUACGGGCGAGAAUAUGCAUGCAGCGGAAUAUACAUCAGCGAUCAUCGAGGAUAUAAUCUCAAAUGCGAGCACAUACCAUGACUUUCGGCUGCGACUAGAGCGAGGCCCCCAUAGAUUUGUUCAUGUGGGAAUUGGGGGUGAAAUGCCUACACUAUGGUCGAGUAAUGGUAUUCUCAUUGCUUUUCUGCGGUGCUUCCGCUAUGCAGCUUUAAAUGACUAA